UUCCAUUUUACACUUUUUUUACCAAUGUUUUCACCUCUAAAUCAUAUUAAUCCUUUACAUCAUCUCAAUCCUCUUUAAUAGCUCUUUCAAAAUGCCUAUCGACUGCCAGCUCUUCAUCACUCUCUACAAAGUCACCAUCAACGUCCCCAACGCCACUCUCAAGCCUACCUUGGAAGCCAUUUUGGAGGCAAUGGAUCAUGUCCCAGUUGAAACUACUAAGGAGACACUUAGAGGUUACUUGGCAUAUCUCAACGAUCUGAUGCAAAUGGAGGCUGAUUGUGAAGCUCUGGUCCAACAGCAACAACAACAACAAGAAGACUUAGAAGAAGAAGUCGUGUAUUUGACUCCUACUGAAGAUGAAGCCUCUGACGUCGAGGAACUCCAACCCUGGGAAGCAGCAAUGCGUGAGGACCCCUUCUACCACAAUUUUGGGUCCACAAGUAACCAACUAGCUAAAGUCUACAAAAAGUUCCAUACUUUGGCUACCCCUAGACAUGGUGCUCCUCUCACUUCAGUCAUCCUUGAGCUUAAUACCACUACGGUUGCUACUGCAUCAGCUUGUUGUAUUCAUACAGACGAAGAUAUAGAAGGCGUCAACUUUUUUAGUUAUAUCCGUAACUACAACGAAUAGCAACCAGAGCAAAUCAUCAACCAUGCAAUCAGUGGAACACCCUUUGAAGCCUUAACCAAAAUUGAUAAAGUCCGUCCAUGCCAUCUUGUGCGCUUACCUCCACUACAAGA